GGAUCUGCAGCAGAGCAAGAUCAGAUAGCAGAUAUACUCAGAAAGUGUCAGACAGGGAAAGACUGACGCCUGAUGCACAUGAUGCUAAAUUAAGUUGUGGGGAAUGUUUUUUUUACUGGACUGGACGCUACAGGCCUUGUGAACCUCCCUCAAAACUGCAUUUAAUUUUGGGAUAAUAGAGCAAUUAACUUGAUAUAUGAUUUAUUUUCACAUUUUUAAAGUCAUUCUCCAGUUUUGCAUCUGUUUCUGAUCACCUGGAUAUCAACCGAGCUGAAAUUUUGGAGUUUUUCAAGAAAUUGUAAUGUUCCCAUCAUUGACUGAAGAAAGAGAUGCGUUAAAACAAGGAGGGAGAGACAUGAAGGUACUCUCUCUUUUACUUUUCUGCCUCAGAUGUAUAGAGUGGUUCUACCCGUAAACGUAAAAGAAGACCUGAAGAAACCUGCAGAGAAACAUGCAGCAGUGUGGCUAGAAGUCCAGGAGAUCUGGAAUAAAAGGAAAGUUGGAGAUCAGUACAAAUAGAAACACCUGCACACAAGGAACGUACAUUUGUGCCCUAUCUUUCACUUCCACUGUGUUGGACGCAGCUGUGCACUUCCUGUGAGCCUGGUCCAUUUUGUAUGAGCGGGGCUGAUAGUGUGCAGCCACGUAGCUGUGCCCCACUGAGGCAUGAGCGUGGGAAGGGCCCACCACCAUAGCUUCGUGUCCUGUGAAGAAGAAGGCUUCAGACUUAGUACCAUGCCUGCUGUAGGCAGUUUCGGAAAUGGCAAAAUCCACACGAGACGCAAAUACCACAGCCGGUUUGUCAACAAGAGUGGGCAGUGUAACAUCCACUUCUCAAACAUGGAUGAGAAGUCGCAGCGGUACAUAUCUGACAUUUUUACAACCUGUGUGGACAUCCGCUGGCGGUACAUGUUCCUUCUUUUCAGCCUGGUGUUUGUGGUGUCCUGGCUAACAUUUGGCUUGGCUUUCUGGGUCAUCGGCCUCUUGCACGGUGACAUGGAGCAGCCUGCAGGGGACGACAGUUUUAUUCCUUGUGUCACACAGGUCAACAGCUUUGUGGCUGCUUUCCUAUUCUCUAUUGAGACCCAGACAACCAUAGGAUAUGGAGCACGUUGUGUAACAGAGGAGUGCCCAGCUGCUGUUUUUAUGGUGGUCUUUCAGUCCAUCAUGGGGUGCAUCAUCGACGCCUUCAUGAUUGGUGCUAUUAUGGCCAAGAUGGCAAGGCCCAAAAAGCGUGCAGAAACUCUGCUGUUCAGCCACAAUGCAGUGAUCGCCAUGCGAGAUGGAAAGCUGUGCCUCAUGUUUAGAGUUGCUAAUCUUAGAAAGAGCCACAUUGUUGAGGCUCAUGUUAGGGCCCAGCUCGUGAAGCCUCGCUUCACAGAAGAAGGCGAGUACAUCCCCCUGGAUCAGAUCGACAUGAAUGUGGGUUAUGACAAAGGCACAGACCGUCUGUUUCUGGUCGCACCUCUCACUGUCAUACAUGAGAUCGAUGAGGAAAGUCCACUGUUUGGCAUCAGCAAGCAUGACCUGGAAACGUCAGACUUUGAGAUUGUAAUCAUACUGGAAGGUUUGGUGGAGGCCACGGCCAUGACAACACAAGCCCGGAGCUCGUACCUGGCCACAGAGAUCCUGUGGGGUCACCGCUUUGAGCCCGUCAUCUUUGAGGAAAAGAAUCAGUACAGGAUAGAUUAUGCCUACUUUCACAAAACAUUCGAAGUACCGUCCACCCCAAGAUGCAGUGCCAAAGACAUGGAGGAGAGGAAAUUCCCAACAUCUGGAGCCAACUCCUUCUGCUAUGAGAACGAGCUGGCCUUCAUCAGCAGGGAUGAGGAGGAGGAGGGAGUUGUGGAAAAAAAGGAAGGCAGGAAGUGUUCAACAGAGCUGGUAAAUGAACAACCUGUCCCUGGAUGUGAACAGUCAUCAUCCCGAAGAGAAUCUGAGAUCUGAGUUUUGUUUUUGUUUUGUUUGGCUUUAGGACGCAAAGAAAUGAAUGUGUCAUGUGACACGAGGAGCCCAAUGACUGUCACUACUCUGACAUGAGGAUGCCUCUGACGACGCUGGAGCUGAUCUCCACUCUGCAAGCAAGGUUGAAACUCAUCACAUUUCCAUUUGGACAACCUUUUUGCUCUCCCCAUGAUGGUUGUUGAGCUCUGUUAAAUGCCAAAAACCUGUCAUGUUUCAAUUUGCAGAAGAUAUUAGUAAUAAUGUGCAUGACAAUAGUAUAGUUUUGUAUGAGAAAUGUUUGGUAAUUCAGAUGGGAUUGUUUGUAUGCACCACUCACAGUCCUUAAAUACACUGUUAGAGCUGAGACGAUGUGGAGUAAAAUAGACACUACACCUGGUGAAAAUGUCUCCAGACUCAUAAGAAGAGAACUGUAGAUCAGCAGUGGAUUUUCAUGUUUAAUAAUAUAACUUCAUGUGGACAAUUAGAACAUUCUCCAUUAUUCACAGUCAUGUGGAUGAAUUACUAGAUAGUACGAGUAUGUGCACUUUCUUGCACCCAGUUAUGAGAGACACGUCAUAAAAAGAAAAAAGCAUUCUGAUGGUAAAUGGAUCAUACAUCAUUUAUGCUUUCUUAAAGGGAAAACUAUUCAUCUCUGGGAAGCAUUUGACUUGUGCAGAUAAUGUGUAAAUCAUUCCAUCUACAGUUUGGCAGAAACAGGGAAGCGUUAAGCUAAUAGCUGAACAGAUUCUACUACAGAGCAAGAAGGUCUAAAAUAAAAUGUCUACUUCACAGAUAAGACACUUUAUCUUUAAAAAUUAUUGUGGUACUGUCACUGCCCAUUCAUUAUGAAAUCUGAGAGAAGUGACAGUGAGAAAAUCCAGCAUGACUCAAACAAAACCGUCUACAGGACAAGUAAUAUAUAGAACAAAUGAUAAAGAUAUUAGGUCAGAUUACAUACCUGUUUCACUUGUUACAGGUGAGAUGAAUUAGUUUUCCCUCUGCAUUUGUCAAACUCAAAGCUCCAUGUGGGUUAACUUAUACACCUGACUGCCUUUUCAGCAAAACACAACACAUUUGUAUUUAUAUCUUGCUGACUUGUGCUGAAUAUAUAAGGCUGCUCUAGAAAACAAAUGGUGGUUCCGCUGCCAUUUGUACAAACAGUAGAGCCAGGGACCUCCUGCAUGUUUAGUGAAAGGGAAAAACUACGACGUACCAUCUGUAAAUGUGUCAGACCUGUACAUAAAAUGGUUUAUUUAUUUAUUUAUUCCGGUCUUAUGACUUUUCUGGCUGAAUAGAAGCUAAGUAUAAAUACAUAAUUUUAACAGAUGGUGUUAUUAUAAGCUGCUUGAGCUUGAUGGACUGAAAUAACAUCUACUAAACUGAACAACUUUGACCUCUUCUUGCUGUCUUCCUGUAAUUGCAUUUGAAGCAAUCUUGACUCUGAGUUGGUUUCACCUCACAGGUUGUUGUGUGAGAAAACAAUUUAUAAACUGCCAGUUAUACAAAAAAAA